UCUUCAGCCAAGGAAUCCCAGGCAGUGUUUAAUUGCAGAGUGCAAAGGCUUUAGUUGGACUAAUGAGCUCUAGCACCGGAGCUCGGACUCUUUUUAGGCACUCUCUUGAGAAGACAGAAACCACAUAUGGAGUCCUUUACCGGAGGAGCCUCACGGGGCGGCUGGAUUUUAGGUGGAGGGGAGAGGAGGGAUUCAUAAAUUCAGGUACAGACGACUAUGUGAGAGAAUAUACCAGAGGCAAGAGACGAGAGUAAGAGGUGGAGAAAGGAGAGGAGAGCGGGAGAGGGGAGGGGAGGAAACGGGAAAUACACAGCCAGAGAGAGAGAGAGAAAGAGAGAGAGAGAGAGAGAGAGAGAGAGACUAGGAGCUUGCAGCAGCAAAUGAGACAGAACAACGAGGCGGGAGAGGUAGAAAGAGAGACAGAGAGGGAGGGAGGUGGAGAGGGGCCCCGUGUAGGAGAGAGAGGGCUACAGGGUGAGGAAGAAGAAGAAGAAGAAGGAGUGGAGAAAAAGUUAGCAGAAGUAGGAGAAAGAAGGUUCACAGGAAAGAAAAGGACAGGGCGCAGAGGUUAACAACUACAGGAGGAGAAGAAGAGGAAGAAGAAAGAAGAAGAAGAAGAAAAAGAAGAAGUAGAAGGGGAAACAACAGACAGGAAGGAAGGGGAGGGAGAAGUCUUGGGUAGAGGAGGAGGAAAAAAAAAAAGAAAAGAGCUGAAGAAAAGUUUUCUUGUGGGAAGACACAGAUGAGGAAAACAGAGCGAGUGAAUGACUGGGCUAGAGAGAGCAGGGACGGGAGGAAACCAGUUGUUUUCUAAGGCGUUUUCCACACAAGCCUCUGGACUUCUUUGGACAUGUACACAGAAGGCGCACAAACAACGGGACACCACCGAUUUCUUCAGCACAUCAACACCAACUCCAACCCCUGCCCCUGCCAACACUGCGUCCACUAUGAGCAGCAGCCAUCGUACGGCCAUCACGGUGGGCCGGGAUACCAACCAGCAUCAGCCAGGCAGACAGACCGCCCAUCUCUGGACUGCAGGAGAGACAUCCAGGCUCCUCAGGUUAAAGAUGUAGGAGGGAGCGCCUUCGUAGUGGACAGGGUAGAGAGAAGCGGUCAUCGCAGCCCACAGAGGAGGCCUGUGUUCGUAGGGCCCGGCCCUUACAGUCAGUCAGAUGACUUGAGCCAAGCUUACCCCUGGGAAUUGAACCCUGCCCAGUGGAGCUACCCGCCGGAGCCUGGGGUGAGACACUACCCGUCUGUCAGAGAACAGUGUGGCUGUGUGGUGCGCAGCGACACCAGGGCACACCCCUUUAACGCCGGAAUACCACAUCCUCUACCCCAUCUUCAGGUCAAAGGUCAAGGGUACAAGCACAGGAAGACUGUCAGGUAUGUCUCUGUGGACGAGGAGGAGGAAGCAUGCGGAUGCACCGCUGAGAACUUUCAUUUGGACCAGCACAGUUCACAUCUAAGUCAUUCACACAAGCCGAACGGCCACUGUGGACCGAGGCCUGUGUUCUUUGAGGGAGGGGAGGAAAGAGAUAGUCAUCAGGACCGGGGCAGACUGAAGGGUGGAUCAGAGGAGGGCUGUAACGGACGCGACGGCUCUCACAAAGGUUUCUUCCCCACUGAAGUCCCACAAAAACACUUGAAUCAAAGCAGACAGAAGGGGCCCUGCGCCCCUCCCUCUGGCAUCACCAGCCUAGAGCCCUCCAAAGCACCGACAGCCAACGACCAGCACCUUCGGCAGGGCGCGGAGGUGGUGAAGCAGAAGAGGAGGCAGGAUUUGGUGAGGGAUCAAAUCAGACAAGUGGUGACAGAUCUGGAGGAUGUGUUGGGGGGUUUGAAGCAAGUUCACGUGGAGAUGAAAGAGGUGGUCGAGCAGAUCGAUCGUCUCACAGCCAGUAUCGACUUCAGUGAGGAGGUGCCCUGCAUCACUCAAGGGCCGUCCAGUAACUUUCAAGGCCCGAUUCAUCCAGGUGACCUAAGGGUGGCCCCGCUGCCCAAUCAUAAAACUGCUCCGGUCCAGGCGCUGCAGCACAUCGAUGAAGACCGCAUCAUUUUAAGAACUAACUCUCCCUCCCCCGUUCACAUGGCGUCAGUCGUCAAAACCAGCCACUUCAUCCCGCCCGUCCACAUUAAGGACGUCAACCACGAGAGGCCAGGCGUGAACGGUCACCUGCCUCAUCAGUAUCCCCACAGAGACUCCAACCACAUUGGGCAAACUCAUCCGGAGGCCCAUCCACAGAGCCUAGACCCUAAGGUCAUUAUUGGCAACAGCACCUCCAAUUUAAGGACUCAGAAACCUCCUCUGUACCCUCAAAACGGGCGAUGUGGGAAGGGCCCGUACCUGCCUCCAAAGCCUGUGAGGACCCCUGCCUACCCCGGGAGAGGCCGCCUGAACACCAGCAUGGUGUGAAGGAGGAGGGGGGUGGUCUGCCCCAGUGCCAUGGGGGCCUGAAACAUGAGACCCCGCUGCAGCGAGUGGAGGUCAGAGUGGGACCAGGCAGGGGAACAACUCAUGCAGGAGCUGAUGCCACUGAGACAAGCUGUCAGCCGGUGGAAACAGAGCAUCGCCUGAAGAUGGGGGUAUUUCCAAAGGGAAAACUCCCCCAAAGAGUCAACCCAGCGAACGGAUGUCACACAGGCACAGAAGCAUGGAGGAGUGGCAGUCAAGCUUUCUGCUGUUCACCGGUGAUGUAGUGGCAAAUAAUGAGAGGGAUAAACUGUGAACUGCUACUCAACAACCACACAUAGAAACAUAGAAGUAUCUUUAAUUUAUUUGUACUAUUUUUUAUGGCAAAGAAAUCUAUUUUCAGGCAGCUUACACCAGUUUGGAUACUACCUAACCUAAUGUAUGCUAUAUUAAGAUUUAUAUCAUUUGAACUGUUGUACAGAUAGUUUCCAUAUAGAGAGUUUAGACUGUUCGUCUCACAGAUACAUGGUUGUUACAGUAGGUCAGAAAAAAAAAGGAGGAAGGAAAGUUGGGAUUAAAUCGCAAUACAAUAAAUUCUGCUGCACUUUUCUCACACAAAUCAAUCUGAUGUCUCAAUUUCCGAACUCCAGAGAUCGUUGCAUUGACCGCUGAAUGUCCUACUUUGGAAUAUGAAAUAAAAUAAAUGACGCCAGCAUUUCA